UCCGAUGUGGUUGCAUUUUUGUGGCCGUCGGAUGGCGAAAUCGUCCAGGAAGAAGAUAUUUUGUUGAGCACCUUAUUGGCGCAUGGUUUGCCAGCAGCUGUACAUUUUGUACCUGGACUUAGCUCAACAGCAGUUCCAAAACUGAAGGAGCGUGUACGAAAAAAUGCGACGAAAUUAAUUAGAAAUCGGAGUUUUGAAGUCGAUAAAUUAUUGCAAUGUGGCAGUGAUAGUGACGGCCAACUUGCUCUGCUUGCGAUCAGCACAAUGAAGAAGAAACAUUCGUUUUUGCAGCGAACUCGACCACAUCUGAUUGCCGAAAGUGCCGAAAAGAUUGAGACGGAAGGUGAUGUGUGUACUCUGAAAGUUUCGGGAUAUCUGAGGGGACCACCACUGAACGUGAACAGCCUCGUUCAUGUGCCAUGGUGGGGCGAUUUUCAGAUGCAGCAAAUUAUCAUCGAGAAGGACCCGCAUGCUAUUGAUGUUAAAAAAGUACUUUUUUUCCUCAGUUUUUUUCGAAGGUAUAGUAAUCCAGCAUAUCUAUGCGAAAUACAGAAAAAGCAUGGGAACAAUCUCCAGGAUAAGCUAAAGUAG